CCCUUUUCAGCUGCUGGGUAACUCCUCCUUCAUUUUUCUUUUUUACCAACUCAGGAGAGAGAGCCCCUUUUUUUUUGGCUCCUUCUAAAUUAUUUUUUUUCUUUCUAUGCUUUUUCUUGUACAAACAUGAUCUUGAAAACACAUCACUGUUACUGCUACUUCUACCUUUUCGUCGCUUUUUCGUUGUUUGUUUCGUCCGCUGUAGCUGAUGAUCAUAAGAAUAAGGAGAAAUCUCAAGGUGUAACGUACGAUGGAAGGUCCUUGAUUGUUAAUGGGAAGCGAGAGCUUCUCUUCUCUGGUUCCAUUCAUUACCCUCGUAGUACUCCUGAUAUGUGGCCGGAGCUGAUUGCGAAGGCUAAGCAUGGAGGUUUAAACGUUAUUCAAACUUAUGUUUUUUGGAAUGUUCACGAGACUGAGAAGGGCAAGUACAAUUUUGAAGGAAGAUUUGACUUGGUAAAAUUCCUUAAGAUGAUCCAAGAGCAGGGUAUGUAUGCAACUCUCAGGCUCGGACCAUUUAUCCAAGCUGAAUGGAACCACGGUGGACUUCCAUACUGGUUAAGAGAGGUUCCGGACAUCAUAUUCCGUUCUUACAAUGAACAAUUCAUGGAUCACAUGGAGAAAUUCAUCAAUAUGAUUAUUGAUAAGAUGAAAGAAGAGAAACUAUUUGCACCACAAGGAGGACCUAUUAUCUUGGCUCAGAUUGAAAAUGAGUACAACACAGUCCAACUUGCAUACAGAGACUUGGGGCAUAAAUAUGUACAGUGGGCAGGAAAUAUGGCAGUGGGUCUCAAUAUUGGUGUGCCAUGGGUUAUGUGCAAGCAGAAGGAUGCUCCUGAUCCAGUGAUCAAUACUUGCAACGGAAGGCACUGUGGAGACACAUUCACUGGCCCCAAUAAGCCUAACAAACCUUCUCUCUGGACUGAGAAUUGGACUGCUCAAUUUAGAGUAUUUGGAGAUCCACCAUCUCAAAGAGCAGCAGAGGAUACCGCGUUUUCAGUUGCGCGGUGGUUCUCUAAGAAUGGAUCUCUUGUCAAUUACUAUAUGUAUCAUGGUGGAACCAACUUUGAUAGAACUGCUGCCUCCUUUGUAACUACAAGAUAUUAUGAUGAAGCUCCUCUUGAUGAAUAUGGUCUGCAGAGGCAGCCAAAGUAUGGACAUCUCAAGGACUUACACAGAGCACUAAGAUUAUCCAAGAAGGCUUUGCUUUGGGGAACUCCCGGUGUUCAAAGAUUGGGUGAAGCUCAAGAGGCACGUUUCUUCGAUCAAAACGGAUCGAAAAUCUGUGCUGCUUUCUUGACAAACAAUGACACUAGAAGUGGACAUACCGUUCAGUUCAGAGGUCGGGAUUACUACUUGCCUCCACGUUCCAUUAGUGUCCUCCCUGAUUGCAAGACUGUAGUCUACAAUACCAUGACGAUUGUGUCGCAACAUAACGCAAGGAAUUUCGUAAAAUCAAAGAAAGCAAAUAAGAAACUGAAAUGGGAGAUGGCAUCAGAAGUCAUUCCAAGCCAACUUAAAGUAACAUCUAAGAUUCCUAGCGAGCUAUAUGGCUUGACUAAAGACAUUACCGACUACGCGUGGUACACCACAGUCAUAGUAUUGAAUCCCCGAGACUUGCCUAUGCGAAAAGACAUUCUCCCUGUUUUACGAGUUGCUAGUCUUGGACAUGCAAUGCUUGCUUUUGUCAAUGGCGAAUUUGUAGGAUCUAAACAUGGCAGCCAAAUUGAGAAGAGUUUUGUCCUCCAAAAAGCUAUAACAUUGAAGCCAGGGGUUAAUACUAUUACAUUCCUGGGCUCUUUAGCUGGACUCCCUGAUAGCGGAGCCUACAUGGAGCAUAGAUAUGCUGGGCCUAGAGGGGUAACCAUCCUAGGUAUGAACACUGGAACACUGGAUUUGACAUCAAAUGGUUGGGGACAUGAGGUUGGUUUGUCUGGAGAGAAGGGUAAAUGGUUUAGUGAGGAAGGAGCACAAAAGGUGACAUGGCAAGAUGUACCAAAAGGAGAUGGCCCUCCUCUAACAUGGUACAAGGCUUAUUUCAACGAACCUGAAGGACACAAGCCGGUUGUAGUACGAAUGAACGGUAUGAAAAAGGGUAUCAUUUGGAUCAAUGGCCAAAGUAUUGGUCGGUACUGGAUGUCGUACAUUUCUCCUCUAGGACAGCCUACUCAAUCUGAGUACCAUAUACCAAGAUCAUAUCUGAAGCCAAAGGAUAACUUGAUAGUGGUGCUAGAGGAGGAACCAACAAACCCUGAACAUAUAGAGAUUAUGCUUGUGGAUAGAGAUACAAUCUGCAGUUACAUUACAGAGUAUCAUCCACCAAAUGUAAAAUCAUGGGCAAGGAAGAAUAACAAUUUUAGACCUGUAGUGGAUGAUGUGCGCCCAGCAGCUCAUCUCAAGUGUCCGAACCAUGAGAAGAUUAUCGCAGUCGAAUUCGCUAGCUGGGGUGAUCCUUAUGGUUCUUGUGGAGCUUUUGCCCUUGGAAGCUGCACUUCUCCUCUUUCCAAGAAGGUUGUUGAACAGUAUUGCUUGGGAAAAGCUGCUUGUGACAUUCCGAUAGAGCGAGAGCUCUUCGACAAGGACAAAGAUGGAUGCGCAGACAUAAAGAAGUCACUCGCCGUUCAGGUGAAGUGUGGCUAGAAGAAUUCAGAGGGCCAUCUGAAAGAUUUGAAAAGGUGUUUGUGAUGAUCAUGGGUUUGAAGAAUCAAGCUAGCUAGCUAGUAGUAUACUAUAUACAAUUGCUUACAUUUUUAUCUCUUACAAAGAUAUUCAAACACAUGAUUUUGUAUUCACCUUUUUUUUCCUUAUGCUAAGAGUCUCUUAUUAAAGUAAGAUAUUUCAGAUUUUUUUUU